AAACUAAUUAAUGAUUGUUGUGUUGUCUUGCGGUCCAUAUACAUACGUAGUGCAAUGUGCCUGUGCCGGACCUUAAUACUACUGCUCCUGAUCGUACUGCUGAUCCUUGGCUACGUGUGGUGGAAGCCGACGGCCGGCGGCACCAAUCCGGAUGUCCUGCCCACGGUCCUGUGGCACGGCAUGGGCGACUCCUGCUGUGUGCCCAUCAGCCUGGGCGCCAUCAUGAAGCUGAUCGUGGAGGAGACCAAGGGCGGCUACGUCCGCUCCAUGGAGAUCGGCGGCAAUCCGGUGAUGGACUGGCAGAGCGGCUUCUUCAUCCAUCCCAACGAGCAGGUGGAGUACGUCUGCCGGCAGCUGCUGCUGGACGAGCGCCUGGCCAAGGGCUACAACGCCAUCGGGUUCUCGCAAGGUGGCCAGUUCCUGCGCGCGGUGGCCCAGCGCUGUCCCACUCCGCCGAUGAGGACCCUCGUCACCCUGGGCGGACAGCACCAGGGCGUCUUCGGGUUGCCCAUGUGCCUGACCCUCUCCAACAGCGCCUGCGACUACAUCAGCCGCCUCCUCAACUCGGUGGCCUACUCAGAAAUGACCCAACAUAAUUUGGUGCAGGCCACCUACUGGCACGAUCCGAUAAUGGAGAACCAUUAUCGUCUGGGCAGCACAUUUCUGGCGGACAUCAACAAUGAGCUAUACCUCAACGAGUUCUACAUAGAGAAUCUCCAUAAGCUGAAGAAAUUUGUGAUGGUUAAGUUCCUGAACGACACCAUUGUCCAGCCAAAAGAGUCGCAGUGGUUUCAAUUCUACACCAGCGGACAGGACAAAGUCAUUCAGCCCUUAAACGAGAGUAAAGUCUAUCAAAAUUUGCGCUUGAUGAAGAUGGAAAAGGAGGGAAAACUGGUUUUCCUUGGCGUUGAAGGUGAUCACUUGGCCAUUUCCAAGGCUUGGUUUAUCAAAAACAUAGUGCCUCUGCUACUCGAAAAAUAAGAUAAGAUGGGUCUCAAAUUAAAAAAAAAAAAAAAAACAUGUGAUAUUCUAUUUGACAAAGGAGAGAUUAUUACCUUCGAUAAAGGCCAUUGUUCCAGACUGAAACUCGCAAUGAGCCCAUGUUUUGAUACAAUACAUUUACUUUUAUACAUGUUUAAUUAGAUAUUUAAUAAAUUCAAUUGGGACAUACAAAA